CGCUAGCCUUAGGUGUGGUUGCGGUGCGUGUUUCACCAUGGGUUUUGUGCUUUAUUUCGUGCUGAAAUUGAGAGAUAGCCCUUGACUCCAGGAGGUUGGCAACCUACGACCGAUUUACAGUGCUUUCAGUUGUGUCUUUUCAAAGUAUUUUUGUCUGUCCUAAUCGAAUCGCGUACCGAAGAGGGUAAGUUAGUAUGCUUUCUAUUGAAUAGGAGAUGAGAGCUUAGCAAGCUGCAGCGUGCAGUCGCGCACCUCACCAAGCCUCUGAGUGGUUCAAUGUGGCACAAUUUCAACUCUCCAGUGCUACGCCUCUUCGUCCUCCCGACCCUUUCCAUUGCCGACCCCGCGCACUUGCGCGCGCGCAUGAGCAGCGAGUGCCACAGUUCUACCUUCUGUGGGAAAGAAGCAGAGCAGUUCUGGAGCGUGUAUGAACAAGAACACAACUACGCGCACCACCUUCCGUGGUUCAAAUCCUCGCGACACAACCUCAUCACCAGCGCCCUGUGGGGCCAGGAGUCGGACCCGAAGGUGAAUCAACGCCUCCGUACCUGGCUAAACGCGUUCAUAAAGGAAAAAAAGAUCCGCUCUGUCGUGGAUAGCGGGUGCGGGCACUGGCCCACCAGCUGGCAGCUGUUCGUCGACUGGCCGCAAAACGUGCGGAUUUUCGCCGUGGAUUUAGACGCCGCCAUGAUCCAGUCGACAAACGGCCGAAUUGAAGACGCGAAGAGGAAUCUGACACAACGCAGCUACUUCUGCCAACACUGCAAUUUGUGGAAGGAACUGCUGCAUGACAAGAAUGCCACACUGGAUUUCCGAGUCGGCGACGUGACGGACCCGGAGGUGUUUCCGAAAAACGAAAAUUUCGACAUGGUGAUGACCUUCGACACUUUGAACAUAUUACCGGAGCGAGCACUGGUGAAGAAAUGGCUUUACAACGUUUUGCAGCCACCGCUGACAUUCAAGUACAUCAUUUCCAUCGGCACCUCGUGCUACGACCCUUCGGUGUUGAACCACAAGCACAUCGGGUGCAACCUGGAGCCGCACAACCGGAAUUUCGGUCCGGUGGAUCUGUCGAAAGAGCCUUACAGCGGGUAUGUGGAGGAACUGUUGUUAAAAAGUGGAAAGGUAAACCGUCAGAAGGCACAGGAGCUUCGAACCGCCGGACGGUUUCCAAAGUUCAAAACCGUUUUGGAAAUGAAAUCUUUGAACCGAAGAAAUUUCGCGGAUAAGGACGUACAACUUCUAGAUUUAUCGGAGGUGUAUAAUGAUGUGGUAGAAAUAAACGCACCAACACCAUAGCGCCAUCUUUUUCAGAAUGAACCAGAACGAGCGCAAUACUGAAUACUUGAAUACGCAAACGCAAACAAAACGCUUUGGGAAUGUAGUACGAACGACGCGACAUUGCAGCUGCUGUGAUGUUGUAAACCCGUAAGCCUUGAGGACAGUGUACAU